CAAUUUUCCAUGGAGUCAUCACCAGCUUUGCCAUCAACACAGCCCUCUCCUCCCCUCGCAGCCUUGUCUAUAUACCAAAUCGCUCGAUUGAAUUGCGGAGAAAAACUCCUCGUCGACCCUUUAUAUUGGACUAGCCGCCAUAUCUCACUCCUGCAAUGUCAUUUUGACAAUCCUGUUCCGGCGCCAUCAUCACAAGAUUCACAAUCACAAUCACAGGUAGAUUCCACUGACAGACAGCUCAGCCAAAAGGUUGUCGAUCAUGUCAAGCGACUUCGUUCUCGCGGCCAACCUUUUCGGCAAGAUAUCGGCAUAUGUGGCAUUCUUACAGAUCCCGGGUGUCCAUUUACAUAUCAGUCAGUCUCUAGACUAUUGUAACAUACUCUUAUUCUCUUACCUCUAAUUUCAUAAUCCC